ACUUAUGCUUAUGUUGCUGUGUGUGUGUGAGACUGAGAUCUUCUUGCUUACGUUUUCUACUUCAAUUCUCAUCACUUUCAACGCCAGUUUCAGUAAAAUUCAAUAUAUAUAAAUUCAACAAAGUCGCUGUUGAAAAUUGAAUAAGGCUAAAUUCUCUGUAGACUUUUUUGGAUGCUUUGAUUCAUGGCGGCUUUGAUUUGAUUGCUCAAAAUUCAGUUAUGGAUGUUGUUGCUGUUUUCUCCCUCUGCUUUUCUUUCUGCAAAUUCAAAUGAUUAUUGAGAUAGGAGGAGAGGUGAAGCAGAAGGAUAAUGAAGUGGCUACGCGCAGGAGGGGAAACAUUGGGAGGAGCAGAUGAAGUUUUCCCUUCAUCUGAAUCUAUUGUAACCAAGGAUUUUUCCAUCAGUGGGCCAUCGGGCCUUGCCGGACAAGUUGAUAAGAAGCCGGAUACGGGGAAUAUAGAAGAAGCUGAAUCAUCUUUACGUGAGAGUGGCGUCUUGAACUAUGAGGAAGCUAGAGCUCUGCUGGGAAGAUAUGAAUAUCAGAAAGGAAAUUUAGUAGCCGCCUUGCAUGUCUUUGAGGGAAUAGAUAUAAGUGCCGUGACUCCUAAGAUCAAACUUGCCCUUUCUAGAAACAGAGAACACCAGAAGAGACGUUCCCAGAAUCACGAUGAGCCGCAAAUGUCUAUACAUGCUGUUGGCUUGCUGUUGGAAGCAGUCUUCCUAAAAGCAAAAUCUCUGCAUGUUCUUGGAAGGUUUAAAGAAGCUGCCGUAUCUUGCAAAGUUAUUCUGGACAUAGUGGAGUCUUCAUUGCCCGAAGGCUUGCCUGAUAAUUUUGGUGCUGAAUGUAAAUUGCAGGAGACCUUGAGCAAGGCAGUUGAGCUGCUUCCCGAGUUAUGGAAACUUGCUGAUUGUCCGCGCGAAGCAACUUUAUCUUACCGGCGAGCGCUCCUUCAUCAUUGGAAUCUUGAUGCAGAGACUAUAGCGAAGAUUCAGAAAGAAUUCGUUGUUUUUCUUCUAUACAGCGGAGGGGAAGCAGCACCCCCUGAUCUCCGUUCCCAAAUGGACGGCUCAUUUGUGCCGCUAAACAACAUAGAAGAGGCUAUUCUUCUUUUAAUGAUUUUGCUAAGAAAAGUCUCUCUCAAUAGAAUUGAGUGGGAUCCUUCAAUUUUGGACCACCUUUCAUUCGCUCUUUCUGUUUCAGGGGAUUUGACAUCUUUAGCUAAUCAAUUGGAAGAAUUGCUCCCUGGGACUAUCGAUAAAAGAGAAAGGUACCAUGCUCUUGCUCUCUGUUAUUAUGGAGCAGGUAAGGACUUGGUAGCACUGGAUCUUCUCAGAAAAUUAUCGAGUAAUAGAAAGGAACCAAAACAUGUUCCAGGUUUGUUAUUGGCUUCUAAGAUUUGUUCUGAGAAUCCCAGUCUAGCCGAAGAAGGAGUAAGAUUUGCUCAAGGAGUUCUUGAGAGUUUAGAUGGCAGGUGUAAUCAGUUAAAAAAUCUCGUUGAAUUUUUUCAAGGUGUUUCAUUGUCAGCAACCUCGAAAUUGCCUGUUUCUGAUUCUGAGAGGCUUAAGAGACAAUCUGAGGCGCUUCAUGCCUUGGAAAAUGCUGCCAGAACGAGUAAAAUGAGAGAUCCCCUUGUGCUAUAUCAUCUCAGUUUAGAAUAUGCAGAUCAAAGGAAGUUGGACUCGGCACUUCAUUAUGCAAAGUGCCUUUUAAAACUGGAAGGUGGUGCUAAUGUUAAAGGGUGGUUAUUGUUAGCUCGGAUAUUAUCCGCUGAAAAACGGUUUGUGGAUGCUGAAUCUAUUAUCAAUGCUGCGUUGGAUCAGACUGGGAAAUGGGAUCAGGGUGAUUUGUUGCGAACAAAAGCUAAACUUCAAAUUGCACAGGGCCAGUUAAGGAGUGCCAUUGAGACAUAUACCCAGCUUCUUGCUGUCCUUCAAAUCCAGAGUAAAAGUUCUGGUUCCUGGAAGAAGUUAUCUAAGGACACUAGAGAUCGUUCUAGGAACUUGGAAUUGGAAAUAUGGCAUGAUCUUGCUCAUGUGUACAUCAGUCUUUCACAGUGGCAUGAUGCAGAGGUGUGUCUUUCAAAAUCCAAGGCCAUCAAACCAUACUCAGCUUCUCGAUGUCAUGCAUCAGGUAUGAUGUAUGAAGCAAAGGGUCUUUACAAGGAAGCUCUGACAGCUUUUCGCGAAGCUUUGGACAUUGAUCCCGAUCAUGUCCCCAGCUUAAUCUCCACUGCUCUAGUUCUCAAACGAUGCACUAAUCCAUCAAAUCCAGCGGUCAGGAGCUUUCUGAUGGACGCGCUACGGCACGACAGGUUGAAUGCUUCUGCUUGGUAUAAUCUUGGCCUUCUUCACAAGGCUGAGGGAACAGCAUCAUCAGUGGUUGAAGCUGCAGAGUGUUUUCAGGCAGCAUACUCUCUCGAAGAAUCGGCACCGGUUGAACCUUUCAGAUGAGUGAUUUGCAGCCACGAUGUCAAUGCGCGGGGACCCCAAAACCCGUUAAUUGUGGUUGCGGACCGCAAUUUGAAAUCGUGGUAGAAGCAAACAUGUGAUGCAUAGUGAUUUUCUGUUGUCUCAAUGUGGAUAAUCUAUUUUUGACCUUGCAUAGAGAUGGAUUAAUCAA